AUUUGAACGAGGCCCAUAUCGGGAACUAUAAAUACCGAGAAAGAAAACGACGGCGACGACUCUCUCUCUUUCUCUCUCUCUCUUUCUCUCUCUACAUCUGCUCAUCAAUGGCGGCCAUGUCAGUACCAGAAAACUUAACGAGAGAACAGUACGUGUACGUGGCUAAACUCGCCGAGCAAGCCGAGCGCUACGAAGAGAUGGUCAACUUCAUGGAAAAGUUGGUCCUCGGCGCCACUCCAGCCGGCGAGCUCACCGUGGAGGAGCGUAACCUCCUCUCCGUCGCCUACAAGAACGUGAUCGGCUCUCUCCGCGCCGCUUGGCGGAUCGUAUCGUCGAUCGAGCAGAAGGAAGAGUCUCGCAAGAACGAGGACCAUGUGGUUUUGGUCAAGGACUACAGAUCCAAGGUCGAGUCCGAGCUCUCUCAGGUUUGCGCUGGGAUUUUGAAGCUGUUGGACUCCAAUCUCGUGCCUUCCGCGACCACUGGCGAGUCCAAGGUUUUUUAUCUCAAGAUGAAGGGCGAUUAUCAUAGGUAUCUUGCUGAGUUCAAGGUCGGUGAUGAGCGAAAGCAGGCUGGUGAAGACACUAUGAACUCUUAUAAGGCUGCUCAGGAUAUUGCACUGGUUGAUCUGGCUUCGACACAUCCCAUAAGGCUGGGCUUAGCUCUCAACUUCUCGGUGUUCUACUACGAGAUUCUCAAUUCAUCUGAUAAGGCUUGUAGUAUGGCAAAACAGGCAUUUGAGGAAGCAAUAGCUGAACUUGACACUCUAGGUGAAGAAUCAUACAAGGACAGCACUCUCAUUAUGCAACUGCUAAGGGACAAUCUCACUCUUUGGACUUCAGACAUGCAGGACCAGAUAGAUGAGUCCUAAACAUCUUUCAAGCUGACCAGUCAUUAUCUUCACCUGGAGGAGGUGGGCUUUGAAUGUCAUUUGUUUGUGCUGACUAAUUGUGUGUUGAUUGUGAAUGGACCCCAUGAAACUGAUGUUCCAUACUCCCAACUUAAACUUGCUUUAAAAUUUUAUAGUGACUUGCAAUGCUCUGCUCAAAGUACUGGUUCCUAUA